AUGGGACGACACAUCCUCAUCCAGGUCGCGUUGGCCUUGACGGCCGUCAGGGCUUUAUCAAUCCCCAACCGCCCGUCGACUGAGCCAAUGACUUUGCCCAUGAACUUUCAGCGGUCAGAGCCCAUUGGCGGAUGCCUCUUGAAGCGCUCCGAGCAUACCGAACAUGAACAUAAAAAACGCGGAAUCCAAGACAGCUGCCGCCAAUUUCAGCAAAAGGUUGACGAGGCCUUCAAGAAAUGCUCCGAGAGGGCUGGUAACGCCCUAAGGGCCCUGAAUGGGACGGACUUUCCCGCCAAGGACACGUCUGGAAACGCAAAACGCGCCGGGCAGGGAGUCGGCCAGCCAAAAGAAGACGGCAAGGAAACCCUGCCGAAGUUGUUGCAAGAUUGGUUCAACACCGGGACAAACGACCAACAGGCCCUCGCAAAAAUAAGAAGAGAUUUUACAAAUAUCAAGGCAGAAUGUGAUAAAAAGGACAAGAGUCGCGUCGCUGUCAAAUGUGAGCAGUGUCAGCAAGGGAUCGCAGGACAGACAUAUCAGGGUACAGGCCCGAUUACGCUCUGUAUGGUAGCCUUGACGGACGACCGAAAUUCGACAAAUAUUCGUUCUCAGGACCUUGGCGACGUACUUUUACACGAGAUGAGCCAUGUUGUCGGGUAUACAGACGACAGGGGGUAUGGCGUAGAAAAAUUUUUACCAAGUUUGCUCUGGCAUCCACCGUGGGCGAUGAGACUGCUUCACGCGGUGAGGGAGGUCAGUUUCCAGGCUCUUCAGGAGGUCAGUCUCCAGGUUCCCCAGGCGGUCAGUUUCCAGGCUCUCCAGGAGGUCCCUCUCCAGGAUUUCCAGGAGGUCAGUUUCCAGGGUCUCCGGGAGGUCAGUUCCCAGGGUCUCCGGGAGGUCCGUUCCCAGGGUCCCCAGGAGGUCAGUCUCCAGGUUCCCCAGACGGUCAGUUUCCAGGCUCUCCAGGCGGUCAGUUUCCAGGCUCUCCAGGAGGUCCCUCUCCAGGAUUUCCAGGAGGUCAGUUUCCAGGGUCUCCGGGAGGUCAGUUCCCAGGGUCUCCGGGAGGUCCGUUCCCAGGGUCCCCAGGAGGUCAGUCUCCAGGUUCCCCAGACGGUCAGUUUCCAGGCUCUCCAGGCGGUCAGUUUCCAGGCUCUCCAGGAGGUCCCUCUCCAGGAUUUCCAGGAGGUCAGUUUCCAGGGUCUCCGGGAGGUCAGUUCCCAGGGUCUCCGGGAGGUCCGUUCCCAGGGUCCCCAGGAGGUCAGUCUCCAGGUUCCCCAGACGGUCAGUUUCCAGGCUCUCCAGGCGGUCAGUUUCCAGGCUCUCCAGGAGGUCCCUCUCCAGGAUUUCCAGGAGGUCAGUUUCCAGGGUCUCCGGGAGGUCAGUUCCCAGGGUCUCCGGGAGGUCCGUUCCCAGGGUCCCCAGGAGGUCAGUCUCCAGGUUCCCCAGGCGGUCCGUUUCCAGGCUCCCCGGAAGGACUAUUUCCUGGCCCUGAAGGAGGUCAGAUGGGUGAUGGAACAAGCUUCUCUCCACCAGGCCAACUCUCUCCUCCUGGGAGUUUCUUUCCUCCUAGGGCUGCCUCCUCUAGGGAUUUCUCUUCUGGUCAAGGUGUCUCUUCUUCUCGGGGCUCCUCUCAGAUGA